AUUUUCCCAACCGCCAACGCCCCAACUGCAAACACGGCGAGAAAAUUCCUCCGCCGCCGUCCAGUCAGAUCUCGCUUGCUUCUAGAAGCUUCCACCCACCCCGGCGCGGGAUGUCAGAGGGCCCCCCUCCCGCGGCGGACGGCGCCGUGCGCCGGAGGCGGAGGCGAUGGGCGGCGGCCGCGGGGGCCCUCCUCGUGGCGCUGCUCGCCGUGGCCCUGAGCUCCCGCGGCUUCCCCUCCAUUUCGUCCCUCUCGCGCGGCGGAGGCUGCGGCUGCCCCGGCGCGAGGAAGUACACGGGGAUGGUGGAGGACUGCUGCUGCGACUACGAGACGGUGGACGCCAUCAACGAGGAGGUGCUCAACCCGAUCCUGCAGGACCUCGUCGCUCUGCCCUUCUUCAGGUACUUCAAGGUUAAGUUGUGGUGUGACUGCCCUUUUUGGCCUGAUGAUGGCAUGUGUCGGCUCAGGGACUGUAGUGUAUGCGAGUGCCCAGAUAAUGAAUUUCCCGAACCAUUCAAGAAGCCUUACAGUGGCCUUUCUCCUGAAAACAUGAUCUGUCAAGAAGGAAAACCAGAAGCCACUGUUGAUAGAACCCUUGACACCAAGGUUUUCAAAGGGUGGGUUGAAACCGAUAAUCCAUGGACAUCAGAUGAUGAGACGGAUAAUGCUGAGAUGACUUAUGUGAAUCUUCAACUUAAUCCUGAACGUUAUACUGGUUAUACUGGUGAUUCAGCUAGAAGGAUAUGGGACGCAAUCUACAAAGAAAAUUGCCCAAAAUAUCCUUCAGAAGAUAUGUGCCAGGAGAAGAAGGCACUUUACAAGCUAAUUUCUGGAUUGCACUCCUCAAUAUCUGUACAUAUUGCUUAUGAUUAUCUUCUUGACGAAUCUGCUAACUUGUGGGGACAUAAUCUUUCGUUGUUGCAUGACCGUGUUCUGAAGUACCCAGAGCGUGUCGAAAAUCUGUACUUCACAUACCUAUUUGUUCUUCGGGCAGUGACCAAGGCGGCAGAUUACCUUGAGCAGGCAGAGUACAACACCGGCAAUCCUGAAGAGGACUUGAAAACACAAUCUUUAGUGAGGCAAUUGCUUUACAACCACAAGUUAAGAUCUGCAUGUCCAUUACCUUUUGAUGAAGCAAAACUCUGGCAAGGUGAAAAUGGCCCCGAGUUAAAGCAGGAGAUCCAGAAGCAGUUUAGAAAUAUUAGUGCAAUUAUGGACUGUGUUGGUUGUGAGAAGUGUCGAUUAUGGGGAAAGCUUCAAGUUCUUGGGCUUGGAACAGCACUGAAGAUUCUAUUUUCUGUUGAUGGAGAGAACAAUUUGAAUCAACAGUUCCAGCUGCAGCGAAAUGAGGUCAUUGCACUGGUAAAUCUUCUGAAUAGGCUGUCAGAAUCUGUCAAGUUUGUACAUGAAACAGGAUCUUCCAGCCAGGAAAUCAUUAAACAACAGAGCUUUUCUACUUUGCAAAAGGGGGCUUCCUGACCAAAUGUGAAACCGUAUUCUGCAAAGAUACAAGAGAGCAAGUUGUUUUUAUGAGUCCUCUUCUCCAUACUGGGAGAGUGAUGUACAUGCAGGGAGCAGCUUCCUAGGGUUCUACAGAUCGUAGACAAAAGAUAUAUAGAAAACUUUGGAGGCCAAACAAAGACAAGUUUACCCUUUUUCUUCUUCUUUCAGUUUUAGUGGGACGUAUCCCUUUCAAAUUUUGUAUGUAGUGUAGACAUUUUAUCUGUCGAACACCUCUUUUCUGUCGAACUUCCAGUUAGCGACAUUUUAUCUUUCCUCCGUUGACUGAUAAUACAUAUGACUGCUAACAAGGUAAGGCCGUUUGUCAAUCCAAACGGUUGGUAUGUUUCAUCGACUUGAUUAUAUGUUCUCCAUUGUUC